CCGAUGCAAAUGAAGGCCCUCUUGUUUGGACAGGAUGCGAAAGUUCAGAAGCCAAAACCAUAAUCUGAAGAGACCCAUUGUGAGAGUGGAAGUCAGAGAAAGGCAUAGACGUAGAUGUCCUUGGAAGUUUUCAUGGAUCAAACACCUGUUGUGAAUUGUGUUUGCCUCUAGAGUUUGUUUGCAUUUUAGGUUCAUUUUGAAAUUUCAAUCUCCCAAACGUUUUGUAAAUAAUGUCUAUGUACUACUGGGCAAGAGAUUGGGCUAAGUAGCAACUCAGUUUAGGGUGUCUCAAAAGAAUUGAAGGAGAUAAAAAUCGGUUACAACACUGGAGGCGACGUCAUCCAACAAUUCUAAGCAACACAUUACCUCAAAUAUAAUUCACAAAAUGUAGUUCUUUUGCUCGAAAGAAAUAACUCUUCUCUGUCCAGGCCUUUUUCAUGCGGGAGGCUAGCUGUGCGCCCUGAAGGUGCAGGAUGAAAAGAUGGCGCAGCUGCUUGUACCGCCAGGACCAGACAGCUUCCGCCGCUUUAGUCGCGAUUCCCUCGCGGCCAUUGAGCAGCGGAUCGCCGAAGAGAACGCCAAAAAGCCAAAGGGAGAGAAGCGAAAGCGCAGCGACGAGGAUGAACCCAAGCCGAGUCGUGACUUGGAGGCGGGGAAGUCCGUCCCCCUGGUGUACGGGGAGGUCCCGAAAGGAAUGGUCUCCACACCGGUGGAAGACCUGGAUCCCUUCUACAGUAAUCAGAAAACGUUCAUAGUUAUAAACAAAGGAAAUUUGAUCUUCCGGUUCAACGCGGCUCCAGCCUUGUACAUCCUGAGCCCCUUCAACCCCCUUAGAAGAAUAUCCAUAUGGAUUUUGGUCCACUCGUUGUUCAGCUUGGUGAUCAUGUGCACUAUCAUCACCAACUGUGUAUUUAUGACACUGAGUCGGCCACCUGACUGGGCAAAGAAUGUCGAAUACACAUUUACCGCAAUCUAUACGUUUGAAUCCCUCGUUAAAAUUUUAGCCCGAGGGUUCUGCAUAGGAAAGUUCACCUUUCUUCGAGAUCCAUGGAACUGGCUGGACUUCUCUGUCAUUGUCAUGGCGUAUGUCACCGAGUUUGUUAGCCUUGGCAGUUUCUCAGCUCUUCGCACAUUCAGAGUGCUGAGAGCUUUAAAAGCUAUUUCUGUGAUUCCAGGCUUGAAGACCAUCGUCGGUGCACUGUUCCAGUCGGUCAAGAAGCUUUCUGAUGUGAUGAUCCUCACUGUCUUCUGCUUGAGCGUCUUUGCCCUCAUAGGGUUACAACUGUUCAUGGGCCAUUUAAAGCAAAAGUGUGUGUUCAUGCCAGUACACAAUGAUUCCACCAUUAAUGGCACAUUUUCCAAUGGCACCUACAUGAACGGAACAGACAACAGUACCCAGGCUUUCAACUGGACUGAGUACUCACUUGAUGAUCAAAACUACUAUUAUCUCCCAGGCAAACGGGAUCCAUUGCUUUGUGGAAACGGCAGUGAGGCUGGGCAGUGUCCAGAAGGGUUUUCGUGCAUCAAAGUGGGAAAGAACCCCGACUAUGGUUACACCAGUUUUGACUCGUUUGGGUGGGCCUUCCUUUCCCUCUUUAGGCUCAUGACUCAGGAUUUUUGGGAAAACCUCUACCAGCAGACAUUACGGGCCUCUGGAAAGCCCUACAUGGUAUUCUUUGUGCUGGUCAUAUUCCUUGGCUCCUUCUACCUAAUUAACCUGAUCUUGGCUGUGGUUGCGAUGGCGUACGAGGAGCAGAGCCAGGCCACCAUUAAGGAGGCUCAGGAGAAGGAGGAGGAGUUUCAGGCCAUGCUGGAGCAACUCAAGCGACAGCAAGAAGACGCUCAGGUGGCCACUGCAGUGGCGUCUGCAGAGCACGGUGAGGUCAGCGACCACCCCGGUGGCACGGAGAGCUCCUCAGAAACGUCCAAGCUGAGCUCCAAAAGUGCCAAAGAGCGAUGCAACAGGCGAAGGAAAAGAAAGGAUGAGGGCAAGGUCCCACAGUCCGAGUCUCAGGAGAGUAUUAAGAAGGCCCGAUGUCGCUUCUCGGUGGAGCCCAAUGUGCUCAACUAUGACAUGAAGUGCUCGUCGGCCCACCAGUCCUUUCUGAGUAUUCACGGACCCCCAUUCUCAUCCAGACGGAACAGCAGGACCAGCGUUUUCAGUUUCCAAAGCCAAUCACGAGAUGCCGGCUCAGAAAAUGAGUUUGCAGAUGAUGAGAACAGCAUUUUUGAGGACAACCGGAGUCGAAGAACCUCUUUGUUUUUUACCCGGGGGCGUGACCGCCAAGGCAGCAGUAUCAGCCAGUCCAGCUUCUUUCCACAUCCGCUGCUUUCACCCUGCAGGAUGAAACAGAGCACUGUAGACUGCAACGGAGUAGUGUCCAUAAUGGGUGUCGAUUCAAUCCCGUUAUCACCUAUGGGGCGCUUUCGUCCUAAACUGACACUAGAUAGGACCUCCAAUAGAGACAAAGCUGACACUACCGACACUGAUGGGGGAACAAACCAGGAAUGGACCGACUUUCCUGAGGACCCACGAGCCAGGGACAGAACUGUUAGCGUAGCCAGUGUCAUAACCAGCACAAUGGAAGAGCUCGAAGAAUCGAGACAGAAGUGUCAUCCCUGCUGGUACAGUUUCGCAAACACUUUCCUCAUCUGGGAGUGUUGUCCAAUCUGGCUGAAGAUCAAGAAGGUGGUCAAACUCAUUGUGAUGGAUCCAUUUACGGAUUUAACCAUCACCAUCUGCAUUGUACUCAACACCUUAUUCAUGGCCAUGGAGCAUUACCCAAUGACUAAGGAUUUCUCCAGGACGCUGAGUGUGGGCAAUAUGGUAUUCACGAGCAUCUUCACAGCGGAAAUGGUCUUCAAACUCAUCGCUAUGGAUCCAUACUACUACUUUCAGGAAGGGUGGAACAUUUUUGAUGGAAUCAUUGUCAGUUUAAGCUUAAUGGAGCUUGGUUUGUCCAAUGUUGUUGGAAUGUCCGUCUUGAGAUCGUUCCGAUUGCUACGGGUGUUCAAGUUGGCCAAGUCGUGGCCGACUCUGAACACCCUGAUCAAAAUAAUCGGUAACUCUGUGGGGGCUUUGGGAAACCUGACGCUGGUGCUGGCUAUUAUCGUCUUCAUCUUUGCCGUAGUGGGCAUGCAGCUGUUUGGGAAAAGCUACAAGGAUUGUGUGUGUAAAAUCUCCAGCGACUGCACCCUGCCCCGCUGGCACAUGAGUGACUUUUUCCAUUCGUUCCUCAUUGUGUUCCGAGUGCUUUGUGGGGAGUGGAUAGAGACCAUGUGGGACUGCAUGGAGGUGGCUGGACCGACCAUGUGCAUCAUUGUCUAUAUGAUGGUCAUGGUGAUUGGAAACCUUGUGGUGCUCAACCUGUUCCUGGCCUUGCUGCUGAGUUCAUUCAGCGCAGACAACCUGGCUGCCACAGAGGACGACAGCGACACCAACAAUUUGCAGAUCGCCAUUGCACGGAUCCACAAAGGCAUCGCCUUUGUCAAAUCCCUGCUUCAAAGCACCUGUAACAGCGUCUGCCUCAGGAGUAACGAGCAAAACCAGGGAGAGGACAAAUCAUCCCUGGAGGAUUUCCAUAAAGCUUCGGGACCCAACGGCAUCCCCAACCAUACCAUUAAACAGCUACCGAGGAACGGAAACGGGGAUGUGACAGGGGUGGACAAAAGUGGGGACAAGUACAUCGUCUGCAGCAAGACCGACGAUUCCAUCAUGUCUUUCAUCAACAACCCCAGUCUGACUCUCAAUGUUCCCAUCGCGGUGGGGGAGUCCGACUUUGAAAACCUCAACACGGAGGACUUCAGCAGUGUCUCAUCCGAUGCAGCGGGAUGCCGUGUGACCAUCAAUGACGAUGGGCAGCUCAGCACCUCCGAGGCCAGCACAGUGGACUUGGGGGAAAAAGAUGGCGACUCUCUCGACUAUGAAUUAGAGGAAUCCAUGGAACCGGAUGCCUGCUUUCCCGACGGCUGUGUGCAGAGGUUCCAGUGUUGCCAGGUAAACGUUGAGGUGGGCAGGUGGAAAAUAUGGUGGACUAUCAGAAAGACCUGUUUCCGGAUCGUGGAGCACAACUGGUUCGAGAGCUUCAUCAUUUUCAUGAUCCUGCUCAGCAGUGGCGCCUUAGCGUUUGAGGAUGUCUACAUUGAGACCAGGAAGACCAUCAAAGCAAUGUUGGAGUACGCGGACAAAAUGUUCACCUACAUUUUCAUCUUGGAGAUGUUACUCAAGUGGGUGGCCUAUGGCUACGCCAAGUAUUUCACAAAUGCCUGGUGUUGGCUCGACUUCCUCAUUGUGGCUGUUUCACUGGUCAGUUUGGUGGCCAACGCGAUGGGAUUUGCUGAACUUGGGGCCAUCAAGUCUCUGAGAACCCUGAGAGCUCUGAGGCCCUUGAGAGCCCUUUCGAGAUUCGAGGGGAUGAGGGUGGUUGUCAACGCACUUCUUGGGGCAAUUCCUUCCAUCUUCAAUGUCCUGUUGGUGUGCCUCAUCUUCUGGCUCAUUUUCAGUAUCAUGGGCGUCAACUUAUUUGCGGGAAAGUACUACCGCUGUGUCAACAGAACCACAGACGAACCUUUCCUGCCCACUAAAGUGAAGAACAUGACGCAGUGUUUGGCCUUGGGGAAAGAUGUUGCUCGCUGGAAGAAUAUUAAAAUCAACUUUGACAAUGUUGGACUGGGUUACCUCGCACUUCUACAAGUGGCUACGUUUAAGGGAUGGAUGGACAUCAUGUAUGCCGCAGUCGAUUCCGCAAGCAAGCCUGGAGAACAGCCGGCAUAUGAGAUCAACCUGAAGAUGUAUCUGUAUUUUGUGGUUUUCAUCAUAUUCGGUGCCUUCUUCACACUCAAUCUCUUCAUUGGUGUCAUAAUUGACAAUUUCAAUCAGCAAAAGCGAAAGUUUGGAGGCCAAGACAUCUUCAUGACUGAAGAACAGAAGAAAUACUACAAUGCCAUGAAAAAGCUGGGCUCAAAGAAACCACAAAAACCCAUUCCCAGACCAUCGAACAAGAUUCAAGCCUACAUAUUUGACAUCACCACAAAACAAGCAUUCGAUGUUGUGAUCAUGGUUCUGAUAUGGCUGAACAUGGUUGCCAUGAUGGUGGAAACUGAUGACCAGUCAGUUAAAAAGAAAGAAAUUCUCAGCUGGAUCAACGGGGUGUUCAUUUGCGUCUUCACGGGCGAGUGUUUGUUGAAGAUGAUCGCACUGCGCCAGUACUUUUUCACCAACGGUUGGAAUGUUUUUGAUUUCAUCGUCGUCGUUCUCUCAAUUAUUGGUAUGUCUCUCUCUGAGCUGAUUGAGAAAUAUUUUGUGUCGCCCACGUUGUUCAGAGUCAUCCGACUGGCUCGAAUCGGACGAGUCCUCCGCCUUAUUAAAAGUGCCAAAGGAAUCCGCACUCUUUUGUUUGCCUUGAUGAUGUCACUUCCUGCCUUGUUCAACAUUGGUCUCUUGCUCUUUUUGGUGAUGUUUAUCUACGCCAUCUUUGGCAUGUCAAACUUUGCUUACGUGAAGAAAGAAUCCGGCAUCGAUGACCUUUUCAAUUUCGAGACGUUUGGCAACAGCAUGAUCUGCCUGUUUCAGAUCACCACCUCGGCCGGGUGGGACGGCCUACUGGCUCCCAUUCUCAACAAAUACGAGGACGACUGCGACAGCACCACCGAGCAUCCCGGCAGCGCUGUCAAAGGAGACUGCGGAUCUCCUUCCGUUGGCAUCGCCUUCUUUGUCAGCUACAUCAUCAUCUGCUUCCUUAUCGUGAUCAACAUGUACAUUGCCGUCAUCCUGGAAAACUUUGGCGUAGCCACCGAGGAAAGCGCCGACCCGCUGAGCGAGGAUGAUUUUGAAGUGUUUUACGAGGUUUGGGAAAAGUUUGAUCCGAGCGCAACCCAGUUUAUGGAGUACAACAAAUUGUCCGAGUUCGCCGAUGCCUUGGACCCGCCGCUGCGCAUCGCCAAGCCAAACAAGAUCGAGCUCAUCUCCAUGGAUCUUCCCAUGGUGAGUGGCGAACGCAUCCACUGCCUGGACAUCCUCUUCGCGUUCACUAAACGGGUUCUGGGCGAAGGUGGGGAGAUGGACAUACUCAGGGCACAAAUGGAAGAGAGAUUCAUGGCCUCCAAUCCUUCCAAAAUGUCCUAUGAGCCCAUCACGACCACCCUUCGCCGCAGACAGGAGGACUCGUCGGCCGUGAUCAUCCAGAGAGCUUUCAGAGAGCAUUUGAGGAGACGCGCUGCCGACAAAACCUUCGCGGAAGCCAAAGACGACAUUCCCAAGGACGAAAAGCCGGUUGACAAAGAAGAUCCAGUCGCGGACAAACUCCAUGACGUCUCUGGCUCAGACAUUAAGGAGCCUUCAACCUAUCACACGUCGGAAAAUGACAAAGCCGAACUGGAUGACAAAGACGGCACGCAGCAUGAUUCGUAAGGAAUGUUGGGAGAUGCUUCAAAGACGUUCUAAGUCGUGACCAAAUGUUUACAAGCGGCAUCGGACUCCUUUUCUCAGCGUCUGGAUAUCAAUGCCAAACUGACUUUUUCAGCUCAUGAGCCUCAAGGUUGGUGCCUAAAAGGGAAAAGUGGCUCAUUCGGGCAGCAGUGAAACCAUUUUCUAGGAACAAGACUGUUGGAAGAGGAUGGGCAGCAUUUCUCAAGCGUUUGAAAAGACAUUUUCACAGUCGUUCAUGCUCUACUUUCCAUUGCAGCGAGCUCUGUUCUAUACAGUGUCUUGGACUAUGACCAUAUCACUGACUGGUGUAUUGUUUUGCCGACUUAUUUUAAAAGGGUUGCCGUGAUGUCGUUUCUUUUUUUAAUCCAUCGAUUGCCUUUUUUCAUAAACUUUUUUUUUCAACUUUUGAAAUGUGUGGUUCGUUCAGGAUGAAUAUAAUUGCUUUCACGCUAGCUCUGUCUC